AUGUGUGUGUUUGUGGUGAGGACAUGUAGGAGGAGAACAAGGUGCAUCACCCUGGCCAGUGCUGUCAGCGUUUCCCACUCAGCUUUCCUAGGGCGGGGGUGCGCCAAGGUGAAGCCCCGUGGGCUGGAAAAUGAGAAAGCUUAUCAACAAGUCUCCUCUUGGAGGGGCAAGAAAAAGCUCCAGGGUCCUUUUCUUCCCACGAAAUGGACUCCCAAAGCUUUUGUGUCCAGGUGCCCUUGGACUCUUGACAAGGACACUAGCGUUCUGGGAUGUUGCCCUCCAAGUCCCCAUAGGAGUUAG